UUGCUUCCCUGGCUACUGGCUAGUAUGUGGGUCAUCGUUCACAGCGGUAUGGCGGGCGAAGAUAUGUUCAGGUCGAAGUUUGUGUUUUAUUUCUUUAUCUGUGUUACGUCAAUGAUUCAAAAUGUCAAUAGCAAGGAUUGUAACGUGCACAACAUCACCGUACAACCUGAUUUCGAUCUCCAGAAAUAUGCCGGAACAUGGUAUGAGAUGAAGUGGUUGGCAACUGUUUACAUUCCACCAAAUCAGCUUUACCAAGACUACCGACACAUCUACACGUAUGCUGGUCGUGGCGAGAACGUUACUGUUGACAUUGCAGGGAGAGAUCCAGCUAAUAUUAACAAGUGUUUUUAUAACACAGCACGUUUGAUGGAGACAGACGAUGAUGCAAAAAUGGUGUUUGCUACGGUCAAAGAACGCUAUUCUUACUGGGUGGUGAAGACGGACUACACGAGUUACGCAGUGGUUUACGGAUGUUACAGCGUAACCAGUGACGGGGCAUGCAAUGGAACCAGAUCGUGGAUUUGGAGUCGGACGAAAACCUUAUCACAAGAUAAAAUGGCCAUUGCGGAAACGGUUAUAUCCGAGACACUCUGUGUAAACCAGUCGUUGUAUCUCAGUACACAACACAACAACGGAUGCCCACCUGAAAUAGAUGAAUGUGUACAAGGGAAAGACAACUGCCACCUCAACGCCACAUGUUCUAACACACUUGGAUCGUUCACGUGCUCGUGCAAGAAAGGUUACAGCGGCAAUGGAGUCGAGUGUACUGUUUCAGCUGCAAACACUGACGCUGUGUCGAGAAGAUGGCUGCUGUUAUGUCUUGUGUUUGUCCUUGUCGGUCUCCCCGCUCCGUAGUAAAACGGACACAGCGAGAACAUUACAUCUAAAACAAUUCACGACUGCCAUUUGUAAUCAAAAAUAUAUAGUAGUUUCUUAUUCUAUUUAUUUAUAGUGUGUAUACCACAAAAUCAAAUACUGCAGGCGACAAUAGUUACAUACUCGUCUAAAACUGCUUCACGCAUAUUGUAAAUAAACCCUGACUUUCAUAGAAAACAAAUUUGAGGCAAUAAGCUGCAUGUUUCAGAUAUAACGAGAAGCCUACUUGACUAAUCUAGUGUCUCCCAAAAAUUGUCGCUUUAAUUUUAGUAGGGCAAGCACAAUAGUAGCUGGUACAAUGAUGCUAGUCCAUAAUAAAUUACAGACAUUUACUGGCCAGAUGAACCAACAUUUUAUAUGUGUGUAGCUAGGACAUUGAUACUAAUUCAAAUUAAAUUAUAGGACUUAACUGGACACAUGAA